AUGGCCAACGUCACGGCAACGCAAAAGACCUACACCCUCAACACCGGGGCCAAGAUCCCCGCCGUCGGCCUGGGCACCUGGAAGUCCAGCGCGGACGAGGGCAAGGCGGCGGUCGAGGCGGCGCUGGCGGCGGGCUACCGGCACAUCGACACGGCCGCGGCCUACGGCAACGAGCGCGACGUCGGCGCCGGCAUCAAGGCGUCGGGCGUGCCGCGCGACCAGGUCUGGCUCACCACCAAGCUCAACAACCCGGACCACAAGCGCGUGGCCGAGGCGCUCGACGAGAGCCUGGCGCGGCUGCAGACCGACUACGUCGACUUGUACCUGAUGCACUGGCCCUCGAGCCUGGACCCCAACAACCCGGGCGCCGUCUACGAUGACUGGGACUACGUCGACACGUGGCGGGAGAUGCAAAAGGCCCUGGCCUCGGGCAAGGCGCGCGCCAUCGGCGUGUCCAACUUUGGCGUCAAGCAGCUGGAGCGCCUGCUGGCCGACAAGGGCACCACCAUCGUGCCGGCCGUCGACCAGAUCGAGCUGCACCCCGCCAACCCGUCGCCUAGGCUGGUGGCCUACCUCAAGGAGAAGGGCAUCCACGCGUCGGCCUACUCGCCGCUGGGCAGCUCAAGCUCGCCGUUCGGCAGUAACGCGGCGCUCAAGUCCAUCGCAGAAGCCAAGGGCAAGGCGCCGCAGCAGGUGCUGCUCAAGUGGGGGCUGCACCACGACUUCAGCGUCCUGCCCAAGAGCGUGAGCAAGGCGCGCAUCGAGUCCAACUUUGCGGGCCUCGACGGCUGGGACCUGGGUGAGGACGACGUCAAGGCGCUCGACGGCAUCAAGGACCGGUACAAAGCGUGCGGCGACGGCUGGCUGCCCAACACCGUCUUCUAUGACGACGACGAGUAG